CACUGAAAAGCAUGGGAUUCUAUUCUUCAUGGCGUGCUUCUGCAUCUUCGGCGCUACUGCUUCUCUUCUUUGUGCUGUUACUGGGUGUGCAUGGAGGAUCUCGCAGGCUGUAUAUCGUGUACCUAGGCGAUGUGAAACAUGGACACCCCGAAGAUGUCAUCGCUUCGCACCAUGAUCUUCUCAGUGAUGUUCUUGGAAGCAAGGAAGAUUCUUUGGCCUCCGUGGUUCAUAACUACAAGCAUGGUUUCUCAGGCUUCGCAGCUAUGCUUACUGAAGACCAAGCUAAACAGCUCGCAGAGUUUCCAGAAGUCAUCAGUGUCGAACCAAGCAGAAGCUACACGGCGACAACAACUCGAAGCUGGGACUUCCUUGGUCUGAGCUACCAAAUGCCCAGUGAGCUACUACAAAAAAGCAGAUAUGGAGAGGACAUAAUUAUCGGGGUUGUCGACAGUGGUAUCUGGCCAGAGUCGAGAAGCUUCAACGACGAAGGGUACGGACCCGUGCCACCACGGUGGAGAGGCAUGUGCCAAAUCGGAGAGGCCUGGGGCAGCAGCAACUGUAGCCGCAAGAUCAUUGGGGCACGGUUCUACAGCGCCGGAAUUGACGCGAAUCUCCUCAAGUCCGACUACCUGUCGCCACGGGGCGUCAACGGCCACGGCACGCACGCGGCGUCCACCGCGGCGGGCUCGAUCGUGGAAGCGGCCAGCUUUCACGGCCUCGCCGCGGGUGCCGCGCAUGGCGGGGCGCACAGAGCUCGCAUCGCGGUGUACAAGUCCUUGUGGGGCCCUCGCGGUAGGGGCAGCAGCGCCACUGUGCUCGCGGCCAUCGACGACGCGAUACACGACGGGGUGGACGUGCUGUCGUUGUCCCUCGGUGCCCUCCGCGACACAAGCUCGUUUGGUGCCUUGCACGCGGUGCAGAAGGGGAUCACCAUCGUAUACUCGGCCGGGAACGACGGUCCAAGACCGCAGACCAUUGGGAAUACUGCCCCGUGGGUCAUCACCGUAGCCGCGAGUACAAUUGAUCGCUCGUUUCCAACCGUGAUCACGUUGGGAAACAAGCAACAAAUAGUAGGACAAUCUCUCUACUACCAAGAGAAGAACUCAUCCAGGAGCAGUUUCCGAAGCCUUGCCAUUGGCGGCGUUGGAGGCCUCUGCACGGCGGAAGCUCUGAAUGGUACGGAUUUGGAAAGGCGGAUCGUGUUAUGCUUUCCAUCAAACCGAGAACGAGCGCUAACCCCGACCUCGGAAUUCACAAAUGCGUUACAAAACGUCCAGGACGCCGGGGGCUCUGGUCUUGUUUUUGCUCAGUAUACGACCAAUGGUCUAGAUGGAGUCACAGCUAAUUGCCGAGGCAUUGCCUGUGUUCUUGUGGACCUUGACACCGGCUACAAGAUUUUAGAAUAUUACAGGACAACCGCAAGCAGCUCUGCCGUGGCGAAGAUUGAACCAGCGCGAACCUUUACGAGCAAAGAGUUAUUGGCUCCCAAAGUGGCAGCAUUCUCCUCCAGAGGUCCAUCAAUCCACAACGCUGAUGUUAUCAAGCCUGACGUAGCUGCGCCUGGAACCAGCAUCUUAGCAGCAGUCGGAGACAACUACGAGAUUAUGUCAGGGACAUCAAUGGCUGCCCCGCACGUAGCUGGCAUCAUCGCCCUGCUGAAAGCUCUACAUCCACAGUGGUCUCCUGCUGCACUGAAAUCUGCCAUUGUCACCACCGCAUCUGUAACUGACGAACAUGGCAUGCCAAUACUGGCUGAAGGGUUGCCUCGAAAGAUUGCCGACCCAUUCGACUAUGGAGGUGGGCACAUCAACCCUAACAGAGCAGCUGAUCCUGGUCUGAUUUAUGACAUUGAUCCAAACGAUUACAACUACUUCUUUAGCUGCAUCAUCAAAACAUCCGUAAGCUGCAAUGGAACAUCGGUGCCAGGGUAUCUCUUGAACCUGCCAUCCAUCUCAGUUCCAGAUCUGAGAAAUCCAGUUACUGUACCAAGAACCGUCACAAAUGUAGGCGAGGUCGAUGCAGUUUACCACGUUGCGAUUGAGAGCCCGGCUGGAGUCAGGAUUGAAGUUGAGCCGUCUGUUCUUGUGUUCAAUGCCGCAAACAAAGUUCAUACAUUCCAGGUCAAGUUAUCACCUAUGUGGAGGUUACAAGGAGACUACACGUUUGGCAGCAUAACGUGGUACAAUGAUCAUAGGACGGUGCGAAUUCCUGUUGCAGCCCGGAUCACGAUUCAUGAUCUGUUUGCAGAUGUUGCAUAAGAAAGGUGAAACAGGCAAAAUCAUAAAGUGAUUUUACUCUUUGAAGGAAAUAUCAUGGUGUUCGUUGCACUGUCUAGGAAAAAAAAUAAGACAUGCCAAAAGUUCCACUAUGGUUUUACUUGGAUAUUUCUUUUCCUUAUAGCCAAUAAGCUAAAUAUGCUGCGCUACUCCACUGGCUAAAGCAGUAUUUGUACCUUAAUGAUCAUGUCAAAAUCCAGCUGGUGCUGUACAAAUCCCUUUAAUUGAAAAUAUUGGUGUCUUUGUU